CAUGAGGCAGGCAGCGCUUGACUAGCAGCAGCCCCAAUAUCUUUUUUUUCCUCACACUGAGCAAUAUUGGUGAUACUGUGCGUUGCUGCUGCAACAAUGUCUAACCUGUGUGAGUGGCACGUGAUAUCAGACCAGAGUUGAGAGAGGGGAAAGGACAUCUGUGCCUGCUUUUUUGUCAUCUGGAUGGGAAGUCUUUUUUGGGAGGAGAGACAGAAGAAAACAGAAGGCAGCCGGGGAAGGGGAACAACUGGCAAUAGCCAAUCCCCCCUUCCACGUAUAGACUGGAAACAACGGAGGCCACUGGAGUAUUUGCUUUUAUCUUUCGUUUUUUGUUCUUUUUUUUCCUCAUCGCGCUGCUGGGAGGUGCUUUACCUUUUCAUUUGGUCGCUCUCUCAGUCCUCUGUCUUCUCAUCUAUUUUGCCAUUUACCUGGUCAACAAUUUCUUCUAUUUAUGAGCCAGACAAGGAGGGAGAGAGAGAGGCAGAGAGACAGAGAAAAAGAGAAAGAGAAAGAGGAGGGGGAUUUUUUAUUUUCCCCUUUUAUUCUCUUUUUUUUGUCCCCUUCAUCCAUUCUUCCUUCCCUGUCCAUCGCUAUCACUUCCAGCCUUUUCUAUCCCUGUGCAGCCCACGCUCCCUCCUCCCUUCACCGCCUCCCUUCUCCUCCACCCCCACCCCCCACCCCCCCACCACCACUCCACUCGCUGUCCACCCGUAACUUUGGCUACUUUUUUUGACUCCACCAGUGUUUUAAUUUCCUCACUUUAAAAACCUCCUUAUAGAGACAUUUUAAUUGGCUUGCUUGUCUUUUCUAUUUAUGCCUUUUUCACUUUUGUACCUUUUCCUAUUUCCUAUUUCCCCCUCCUCUUUUUUCCUCCUACCACCCUAUGCAUCUUUUUUGGGCGAUUCUUAAUUCUAACCAUAGACUGGCGGACGUCAGAAAAACAAGCGACGCCAAACAUCUCUUCGGAGUGAAGGAGAGAACCGAAGUGAAGCUGCUCCUGUGGAGUACAAUUACCUAGAAAUUGCUGCUUUACCCUCUUGACCUGUCGAGGAUUUUACCUAAAACUGCUUUUAGCCUCCCUCAGUCUGAGGCUAUGAGAGGGAGAGAGGAGUCCCAGGCCGCACCAUCAUGCUACUUCUGAGACGCAGGGAUGAGACUUUGGCUGGCAAAACACAAGGUAUUACUCUCCCACUCCUCCACCAUGCCUGUCUGCGGCUGCCGCAGCCCCUCCUUGCCCCGUGGCCAAGCCGGGGCCUCCUCCUCCACCCCCUCGGUCACCCAGGAGCAAGAGAGGCAAGUCCGACCACAGCAUCCACCCCCUCCUCCAUCACUCCACCGCCACACCAGCGCCUCUCACUGCCUCUCCCUUCUACUCCUGCUGCUUUGCCUUCUUCACCUGCGGCCGGGGGCCUGCUACUCACGGAGAGAGAAGGUUGGGGGAGGCGGCGGCGGAGGCGGCCACUACGUCCCCAUCCCCCAGCCCCCUCCCCACCACAUGGCCCUGCCCAACAUCCUGCGUGGCCUCAGCAUCGCCGUUGUCCUGGUGGGCAACUCCAGCGAGGUGGCGCUGGCCGGCACUCGGGAGAAGGACUUCCUCCACAUGGCGCCCAAUGUGGAGGUGCUGACUAUGAAUGAAACGGACCCUAAAAGCAUCAUCAAGAGCAUCUGUGACCUCAUGACGGAGCACUGGCUGCAGGGCGUGGUGUUUGGGGACGACACCGACCAGGAGGCAAUCGCCCAAAUCCUCGAUUUCAUUUCAGCCCAGACCCAUAUCCCCAUCCUUGGAGUCCGCGGGGGCUCCUCCAUGAUCAUGGCUGCAAAGGACGACGACUCCAUGUUCUUUCAAUUUGGCCCCUCCAUCGAACAGCAGGCUUCGGUCAUGCUCAACAUCAUGGAGGAAUACGACUGGUACAUCUUCUCCAUCGUCACCACGUACUACCCGGGUUACCAGGACUUUGUCACCAAGGUCCGUAGCACCAUCGAGAACAGCUUUGUGGGCUGGGAGCUGGAGGAAGUUUUACUACUUGACAUGUCCGUAGAUGACGGAGAUUCAAAGAUCCAAAACCAGCUGAAGAAGCUCCAGAGCCCCGUCAUUCUUCUCUACUGCACAAAAGAGGAGGCCAACACCAUCUUCGAGGUGGCCCACUCUGUUGGGAUCACUGGCUACGGCUACACAUGGAUAGUGCCCUCGCUGGUAGCGGGAGACACUAUUGUAGUGCCUGCAGAGUUCCCUACAGGCCUGCUCUCCGUGUCCUAUGACGAGUGGGACUACAACCUAGAGGCCCGCGUUCGCGAUGGCGUGGCCAUCAUCACUAUGGCGACCUCCACCAUGAUGAUGGACCGCGGGCCUCACACCCUGCUGAAGUCCGAGUGCCACGGAGCUCCUGACAAGAAGACCCCCAUCUCAGGCAACCCCAACGAAGUGCUCAGGUACCUGAUGAAUGUGACGUUUGAGGGGCGUAAUCUGUCGUUCAGCGAGGACGGAUACCAGAUGCACCCCAAGCUGGUCAUCAUUCUGCUCAACAAGGAGAGGCAGUGGGAGAGGGUGGGUAAAUGGGAGAAUGGUUCCCUGUCCAUGAAGUACCACGUGUGGCCUCGCUAUGAACUAUAUGGUGGGGCAGCAAACAGAGAGGAUGACCACCUGUCCAUCGUGACGUUGGAGGAGGCUCCGUUCGUCAUUGUGGAAGACGUGGAUCCACUCAGCGGGACCUGCAUGAGGAACACCGUACCCUGCCGGAAACAGAUCAAAACACUCAAUCAAACGAAGGAUUCAGGGAUCUACAUAAAGCGUUGCUGUAAAGGAUUCUGCAUUGACAUCCUGAAGAAGAUUGCCAAGACGGUGAAGUUCACCUACGACCUUUACCUGGUAACGAACGGCAAACACGGCAAGAAGAUCAAUGGAACGUGGAACGGCAUGGUGGGAGAGGUGGUGUUAAAAAAUGCCCACAUGGCCGUCGGCUCCUUGACCAUCAACGAGGAGAGGUCAGAGGUCAUCGACUUUUCCAUGCCCUUCAUCGAGACGGGCAUCAGCGUCAUGGUCUCCCGUAGCAACGGCACCGUUUCGCCCUCGGCCUUCUUAGAGCCCUUCAGUGCGGAUGUGUGGGUGAUGAUGUUCGUGAUGCUGUUGCUGGUGUCAGCAAUGGCUGUGUUUAUAUUCGAGUACUGCAGCCCUGUGGGCUACAACCGCUGUCUGGCUGACGGCAAAGAGCCUCACGGUCCAUCCUUCACCAUCGGUAAGGCCAUCUGGCUGCUGUGGGGUCUGGUCUUUAACAACUCUGUGCCGGUGCAGAACCCCAAAGGCACCACCAGUAAGAUCAUGGUGUCAGUGUGGGCCUUCUUUGCUGUCAUCUUCUUGGCCUCCUACACUGCCAACCUGGCUGCUUUCAUGAUCCAGGAGGAAUAUGUGGACCAGGUCACUGGUCUCUCUGACAAGAAGUUCCAGAGUCCCAACGACUUCUCGCCUCCGUUUCGGUUCGGCACCGUCCCAAACGGGAGUACGGAGAGAAACAUUAGGAACAACUAUCCAGAAAUGCACGGCUACAUGACAAAGUUCCAUCAGAGAAACGUCAACGAGGCUCUGCAGAGUCUCAAAGCCGGCAAACUAGACGCUUUCAUUUACGAUGCGGCCGUACUGAACUACAUGGCCGGCAGGGACGAGGGCUGUAAGCUGGUGACCAUUGGCAGCGGCUACAUCUUCGCCACCACGGGGUACGGCAUUGCCAUCCAGAAGGAGUCGAUCUGGAAGAGACACGUGGACCUGGCAAUCCUGCAGCUCUUUGGAGACGGUGAGAUGGAGGAGCUGGAGUCCCUGUGGCUGACGGGAAUCUGCCACCACGAGAAGAACGAGGUGAUGUCCAGCCAGCUGGACAUUGACAACAUGGCUGGUGUCUUCUACAUGCUCGGCGCCGCCAUGGCUCUGUCGCUCAUCACCUUCAUCUGCGAGCACUGGUUCUACUGGCAGCUGCGCUUCUGCUUCAUGGGCGUCUGCUCCGGCCAGCCCGGCUUCGUCUUCUCCAUUAGCAGGGGUAUCUACAGCUGUAUCCAUGGGGUGCAGAUUGAGGAGAAGAGCAGCUCGGCAUUGAACUCUCCAUCAGCCACCAUGAACAACACCCAUUCCAACAUCAUGCGCCUCUUACGCACCGCCAAGAACAUGGCCUCUCUGUCGGGGGUGAACGGCUCACCCCACAGCGCUCUGGACUUCAUCCGCCGCGAAUCCUCCGUUUAUGACAUCUCUGAACAUCGGCGCAGCUUGGCGGGCCACUCAGACUGCAAGCCACCUUACCCACCAGAAGACAACAUGUUUAGCGACUACAUCAGUGAGGUGGAGAGGACGUUUGGCAACCUCCACCUGAAGGACAGCAAUCUGUACCAGGACCAUUACCUGCACCACCAUGGCUCGACACUCGGGCUCAGUGGACCGCCUCCCAACAGGCCUCACAGUAUGGGCAGUGCUAGUUCUCUGGAGGGGGGCAUGUUCGACUGUGAUAGCCUGGGCGGAGGGGUGGCACCUAUUUUCACCACCCAGCCCUGUUCAGCACUGACCCAUAGGAACAUGAGCAAAUUUGAUUUGCUGUCCGGACAGACUCCUCCCUCAAGCCAGAGCUUCAAGGGAGGCCUGCCAGACUUGUACGGGAAGUUCUCCUUCAAAGGAGGUGCCUCAAGCUCCACAUUUAUCCCUGGGCAUGGCUACUGUGGAGGGAGAGGAGAGGAAGAUGGGAAUAUACGGUCAGAUGUCUCGGACAUCUCCACGCACACAGUAACUUAUGGAAACCUGGAGGGUAAUGCCAAGAAGCGCAAACAAUACCGCGAUAGUCUGAAAAAGAGGCCGGCCUCUGCCAAGUCCAGACGGGAGCUGGACGAGAUUGAGCUGGGCUACAGGAGAAAACCUUACCACAUCAGCCACCACCACUACCACGGCCACCGCUCUACCUCCCCACCGCUUUUGCCCACUGAACGAAAGAGAGGAGGAGGUGGAGGAAACAACGACGGGAACUCGUAUAUCUUCAGAGAGAAGGAGAGCGUUAGGGAUUUCUAUUUGGACCAGUUUCGGCCCAAAGAGGGCGUCCCUCAAUGGGAACAUGUGGACCUGACAGAGGGCCCUGGGAAUAGGGAUGGAGGAGUGGGAACCUGCACCACCCUGGUUCCUGUGGAUGACUUUCUUAAGAGCAAACCCAAAAAGUCAGAUUCAAAGAGUGGCGGAGGAUCUGGGCUGGCAGGAGGAGAGUGGGAGUGCAGGAACUGUCGAGCUAGCGGGGGAGGAGUGGGCAAGCAGAUGUCCAUGCACGGAGGAGGGGGUGGUGGUGUGUAUGGUGGUGGUAUGAGUUGCGGGACUUCAGGAGGUGGAGGAAACAGCCGCCCCAGCUCUGCGACCUGCAUGCGCUGCGAGGGUUGUAAAAAGACAGGAAACCUCUACGAUAUAAGCGAGGACAACAACCACCUCUUGGAACAGAUGGGGGGAGGGAAAGGUGUGGGCGGAGGAGGAGGAGGUAUGGGCGCAGGCCCUCAAUCUCAGGGCCAGCAGAGGAGGAAGGUUGGAGGGUUCGGCAAACCACUGAGGCGGCAGCACUCAUAUGACGCAUUUGUCGACCUUCAGAAAGAAGAGUCAGGCGGGAUGGGAAGUUUGAUGGGGGGCCUGGGAAGUGUUGGAGGGAUGGGUGGCCCAGGUAUGGGAGGGAUGUUGCCCCCACCCAGGAGCGUUAGCUUGAAGGAGAAAGAACGCUACAUGGAGGGCACCAGCCCUUUCGCACACAUAUUUGAGCGUCACGGGGGCUCGGAGCGAGAAAGGGAAAGAGACAGGGACCCAUUAUUUUACGGAGGUGAGGGCCGCAAAAGACCUGGCUCACCAUUCGGCCUGUUCAGAGGCGGUGAGGGCCUCCACCGCCGCUCCAUCGGAGAGAGAGACAUGAGAGACAGGGAUAGGUCUUUGAUGGAAGGAGGAGGUGGGGGAGGGUUCUCUUUAUCCAAAUCUCUUUACCCGGACAGGGUAAACCAAAACCCCUUUAUACCCACCUUUGGCGAUGACCAGUGUCUGAUGCACGGAGCUAAACAAUAUUACAUGAAAAAGCAACAGCAACAGCAACAAGUUGCCAAAAACAGCCGAAGUGACUUCAGGAGCCAGAUGAGCACGACGUCAUAUCUGCCGGCGUCCGCCACGGCCGGGGUUAUGUCCAACGUGACCCCUCGGUUCCCUAAAGAGCUCAGCCUUGGUGGAAUGAACCACCACGGCUCCAUGCUGGGGGUCGGCCCUCCGCGUCCCUUCAAUGGAAGCAAUGGCCAUGUGUACGAGAAACUCUCCAGCAUUGAGUCUGACGUGUGAGAGCAAAAAUGGGGGAAGAGGGGUGGACGAUGGCAAGGGAGGAGGAGGGGAGGAAUAGAGGUGUGUAGUGUUAGGAGAUAUGGGAUGAUUUUUCAGACACUGUCCACACACUGCAACCCUAGCCCCAUAUUGGGACAGCAUGGUGAGGUAUGAGAGGAGAGAGCUGUGAAAAUAACAGUAAGGGGAAAAUCUUGAUUUUGUAAGAAAAUCUGGGUACAAAAAUCAGCACACCCUGAGGAGGUGUGGGAUGUUAACCCUCUCUCAGAAAUGGCCAAAGCUACUUUUAUGUCCAAACACAGUCAAUUAACAUUCCCCUCAACAUCACAAAUGCACUCAACUCCAAGCCCAUCAUUUGAUCCACCAGUGAGGCAGAAGUCAAUGUACUUAGAGAGGCGACACCUCAUCUUAGUCUGCUAUUGGACGCGUGAGCCUGGUGCGAUGGCUGUCUCAGAGCUCCCGCCGAGAGCUCCGGAGGAAAGGCUGCGAGAGCGAGCUGCCCAUCUGCCACUGUGUCACCACAGAAAGGAGACAUUGUCACGUUUACCCCGAGCCGCAACACAGGAGAUGACUAGUGCUUAUCUCUCUGGAAGGAGACGGCACCGGCCUGUCCGUCUCCUCUUCUCUCCGUCCUGCACUCAUCCAACUUUUCUCUUCACCCCCGCUCCUCCUUCUCAUCCCUGACGCCAAAAGAGCUGAUCUUGUUUGCUAUGAGAAAUACAAUCAUGAAUGAUAAUAAGAUAUUCUUAUAGAAAAAAACAGGGUAUAAGAACAACAAUAAUAUUGUGAAUAACAAAGAUGUUAGUGCUGAUUAUGAUAACACUGCUUAUGAUAUCACUUAAGUUUUUCUUGUUUUAUGUUUCUGUUGGUAUAAUAAUUCACUACUGUUUUAGUAUCUGUAGUUGUAUCCUGUGAGCCCCGGGUGGCGGCAGGAAGGUUGUUCUAAGUUCAACCAACAAGCCAGAAAGACUGAGUCCUUAACUCCUCUUUUUCUGUUUUCUGUAGAAUAUUUUUACGCCAUGUUCAUACAUUUAUUUGCUCCUCGUGGAAAAACAGGAUCUGGAAGACACGUUUAGAGCUGACAGAUCCUUUAUUUGAUGUUUUCAAGACAUUACAAGUCAAGUGCUCACACACACACUUAAACACAUGCAGAUUUUGUAACUUGUGUUACUGUGAACGACGCGUUUCGUCCGAAGCUAAAGAUCCUGAGAGGAAGGACGUGCCUUAAUGGUCUCCAGUGGAUGCGUCCUCCUGUUCAACGCGCGGUCCUCGCGCAACCAGGCAGCACCGGGACGGACCGGCAUGCUUUUCAGGCUGCUCGGUGUUCUCUUCACGUUUAUGAGCCAAAACUGCAGUGAAAAUUUAUGCUUGAGACGGUGCAGCCGAUGGUUUCGAUACAAGAGAUGUUUUAUAACUUCGUAAAAAUUAUUUCAUACGUCGAGUUUGGGCAACGCUUUACGAACCAGAUGCAUUCAGGAUGUCAUGGAUAGACCGACGCUUCUCACUUCACAACACGGCAGCCUUUAGACCACUUAUUUUAUUCAGGUUACAUGAUAACAGUCACCAGGCACUCACUUUUUUUCAGGCCUCUCACCGGUAUCUCGUUGAAGGCGUUACUUUCCACUUACAGGCGCACAUAAAAAGCUUUGUUUGUACAUUGUGUAUGAUUUAAUAUAUGCACUGUUGUUAAUGUUGCCGAAAUGCAACAAAAAUGUGUAGAAGAACUGUUGUUGCCCCUCGACAAUGAUGCCGAUUGAAGCUUGAGCCGAGGAGGGUGUCUAUUUGAGAAAAGGCCAUAUUUGCGAUAGCUUUCCGGGCUUUUCACUUUGACUGAUGUAGAUAUAGUCUUUAUUCGCUGGAGAGGCCUCAUUUAUUGCACAGGACCUUUUUACUCAGUGUAGGUUCAGGCACUCAGUAGACAUGCCUUAUCAUCCCAUCACCCCCCGCACCCCCAUGCAGAGCUGUCUGAUGAUGACUCAUCAUAUUACUGUAGAAAAUAAAGAAGCCUCUAUUAGUUAUUUAAAGGUUUGAUCUUCGAUUAGCUGGCCGUGUCAGAAGUUCAAGGGCUGCAGGAGAUUGCGCAGGACUGCUGACUUGAGACUGGAGCUGCUGGAGUGUGUAGAUUGAUCUUUGUCAUUGAGGACAUCUAUCUUAUACUCUAAUCUAUUAUGCACCAAUGUAAUAGGUUGGUGUGCAUGUGUGUGUGUGAGUGUGUGUGUAAAGGGGAAUCAAAUCACGAUUGAAUGAUAACAGUUGCCCCCCCCCCCCCCCACUAACCUGCUGAUAACUAUUCAUAAUCUCAACCCCCCCUCCCUUCGCUCCACAGAUAACACCGUCAAAGUGAGACUGAUCGAGUUAGCCUUAAAUCAAACAGAUCCAUCUACCCCUCCCCCCUCCCCCUCCCCCAUGACUCUCCUAAUAAAUAGAUUGGGAUCUCUGGAAUUUUUAUACGCACACAUUUUUGAAAGUUCAGGUUCAACCAUUAUCAGCGAGACGGUUUAAGAAUGAUAACAGGAAACGACGAGGAAAUAAGAAGGAGCAGAAGAGAGACUUCGGUGUGGGCAUCAAUCAGCGUCAGCAUUUGUACGUUAAAUCUUUUCCUUGUAAAUAAUCUAUUUAAAACUCUUUUCACUUUGUACAGUAAACAGACAGACAGGAUGUAACUUUCAAUAUGUUUUACAGCAAUUUAAGAAAUAAACAAAACAAUAAUAAAAACUCAUAAAAACAAAAAAUAUACAAACAAAAAUAUGCAAAAUAUAGUUAAGACACAAAUAUUACUAAUCAUAAGUGAUAUAAUUGAACCUUUUUUCUUUAAAUCUCAUGUUUAAUUAUAAUAGUUUACCAAUCAGUAUACUGAUUAUGUUAAGAAUUAUGCUUUUUUUCAUAUUUUCACUAAAGUGUUGGAAAUCGAGGAUAAUUUACUGUAGGUGUAGACGUUUGGUGAUAAAGGGGGAAAGUUUAGUUUUAGGAGUCUUUGCUAAGUUUCCCUUGAAUUGUGUUAGAUUCUCUCUUUUUAAGGUAAGCUCUUCUUCAUGCUUUUUGAGAUAAAUUAAAUUAUCUACACAUUUAUGGAAUACAAUAUUACAUGUAUACAUAGAUGAUAUUUGCAUAUAGAGGCAGUAUAUUGUGAUCAUUCAUUUUUAAGCAGCAAUCCUUGUUAAAAAUUUACAAGAUAUUUGUGUUUUUGUUGCCCGUUUUUUUUUUACCUGGGCUCUAACAGUGAUUGCACACAGAAUUUAGAGCCAUUGUCGGCCCGGCCUAUCCUGUUCCCUCUCUCUGUUUGGGAUAGACAUCACUGUGGUAAAGGAUAUACAUGCACACAUAUAUAAACACAUGCACACACACACAAAUGCGCGCUGGACAUUCCCCAUUGUUGAUGUUGCUAAUAUUGCCGAGGAUUUCAGCGCAAUAUUGUGGAAAUCCAAGAGCGAGUGUAGUUUCAUCUUAUUGAGAAUCCAUUUGAAGCCGAAAUGCAUUUGUGCAACCCCUUAUUAAAAGGUGCAACAUUUGUUCUGUCAUGUCUCAUUUAAUGUAGACUUUUGCUUCAGGGGAAUCAACUGAUGUUGCUAUAUUUUAGCUCACAUAUUACUAAACUGUAUUAUUUGACAGCUGAAAACACUUAAAAAGUGUUGGAUUCUAAUUUAUUUUUGUGCAACUCUGUGCACUGCUAUGUUUCUCAGUAUGAGACGAGAAAUAUCAUUUGUAAUUUGUUGUGUACAUAUGCAAUGUCCCUGUGCAGUCAGAAAUUAUUUCCUCCGCUCUUCUUCUGUAUGAUACUGAUUCCAAUAAGUCUCUAUAAUCUUCACCCCAGCCCUGAGAGAAGAAAUUCAUCUCUCUUCUGUUUUUCUCCUUAACUGCUUUCAUGUCUACAGGUUUGAUUGAAAAGUGAAAAAUGUAUCCGUGUGCACGUAAACUCUGUUAGGUUUGCAUAUGUUUCAUACCACGUUCCGUCUCCUCAUUCGCAAUAAACAGGAAAAGCUGUUACUGUACACUGUAUGUGCCAAGUCAUCACUUCCUGUUGUUUUUUUCAUGCACUAGAAGGGCGAGAUACUAUAUAGGGCCAGUUUCCAGCUGCUGGUUGGGAAGUCGAGGUGCACCUGACACUGUGGUAAACAUGCUAUCAUCAGGCCUUUACCACCUCCAGCUGCUCUGCUCUGCAGCCAGUGUGUGCAGGUCGGGGCAGUGAUGCAGAGUAAACGUGGCUCAUCAGAAGUCUUUAUUUCCCUCACGGGCGAAUUGGUCUCGGGCUCACUUCUCUACACACGAGCAUGCCACGACACAUUUGUUCAAAUGGGUCGUGUAGAGCAAAACACUGUGUCACAUUUUUACAACACAAAAAAAUGGCUACGGCAAGUUAGUAAGGCAGGAACAUCCAGAAGGUGGAGGAUGUGAAUAUCACCUCAGCUUGAUGAGUGUUUUUCUGUCAGGGAUAAUGACACAUGGGACCAAAUAAGAGCAUGACUUGGUCAGCUACAGGGAUCGAUGUACCGGUUAAACUGACUCGUGAACAUUUAUUUUUGUGUUUUGGAGGAAAGGUAUUUGAAAUCAAUAUUUCUAACAUAUUAAGUUGCUUACCUCGUAGUUUUUUUUAUCAACAAGUCACAUGCAGAUGGGAAGAAUUAUACUGUGAUUACAUGAUUGAUUUGUUGUGAAGGUCCAUGUAAUUUAGCUGCUUAUAAUUUCCAAUUCACCCUAAUUCAUUGCAGAACUUGGUUACUCAUAUUUUAAAGUUCUAUCUGUGUGUGUGUGUGUGUGUAUUGAUAUUGCUUUAUAUUGAUGCAUACAACAUUUUCUAUUAAAUUAUGUACAGUUUUGUUUGUUUGUUAAUAUUGCUAUUUUCCAUUGUCCUCAUUUAUACAAUUAAGAAUGGAUUGCUUUACCUGAAUGAAAAUGACAUAAGGGGUUGCUACUAAAUGUAUUUCAUAAGGUGAACACACAUCUUGACUGAAACUACAUAGCCUGAUUCAAUUUACUGUGGGUUGACAAAAAUGUAACAUGAAUAGUAUCAAUUGUAUACAUAAAGAUAUACAUAAUAUUAUUCUUGGCCAUUCUUUUCUCUUUUUGUGGCCGUUUUCCUUGAAAUAAAUCCCCAACAUUUUUACACCAUACGAACAGAAAACUACACAAAAACAAAUAAUUGUACAGGUUGUGUAAAUAAUGAAUAUUGGGGGAAAACCUUGUUUUUUUGUAUGGAAACAAUCAAAGUAAUCUCAAUAACGAAAUGAACCACGUCAUGACAAAUUGCAAAAAAACAUCAUUAAGGUACUUCUAAUAAGGAUAAUACUGAUAUCUACGAUUAUAAGUGCUCAAAUAAGACUAUUCUUUCUCUUUGUACAUGAUGAACAAAAUGAAGUGUUGAGUAUUAAUAAUAAAAAACUAUAAGUUUCA